AUGGGUAUUUUUCUAAAUCACUUUAAUACUCUUUCCACUCUAGUAACGCCUCAAUUGCCGAAGGAUUACGAAAACGAGACGUGGAAGGUACUCCAGCAGGCGGUUCAGGCCAUCCAGGAAUCGCGGCCCGUGAACUCGUCACUGGAGGAGCUCUACAAAACGUGCGAAAACCUAUGUCAUCAAAAGCACGGCGACUCGCUUUACAAGAAGCUUUCGGCCGAGGUCGAAAGACACGUUCAAAAGGUGGUCGGGGACCUACUGAACAACAAUUCUGAUCAAGACAUCUUCCUGGAGGCUGUCGAAUCUGCAUGGACCGAUCACUGCCGGCAGUUGAUCAUGAUUCGCAGUAUCUUUUUGUAUCUGGACCGCACGUUCGUCUUGCAGACGUUGGGAGUGUCUAGCAUUUGGGAGAUGGGUCUCGAUCUCUGGCGGCGACUGGUUAUGAACCAAAAUGAGAUCCGCAGCAAGGUUUUGGGUGGUCUUCUCCGCUUGAUCGAUAAGGACCGCCAGGGAGAUGCAAUUUCACAUCAGCUUGUGCUGUCGUUGCUGCGCAUGCUGACAGACAUCCACAUGUACACUUCGGUCUUCGAGACGCCAUUCUUGCAAGCCUCUCGUCUUUAUUACCAUGUUGAGGGUGAAAACAACGUCCACCACUUCACUGUACCAGAGUACCUACGAUAUGUUCAGCAGCGAUUGCUCGAGGAGACCACGCGCUUCGAAGGUUAUCUAGACAAGUCCACGCGGCGUGGCUUGAUCUCUGCAGUUGAGGGCGAGCUUUUGGAACGAUGGACAGACAUGCUCCUACAAAAGGGCUUUGAGAGCGUGAUGGCCGAUCAUAACCUGGCGGAUUUGAAGCUGUGGCACGAUCUGUUGGCAAGAGUGAAUGUCCUCGAGAAGUUAAGUCUUCACUUUGGGAACUACGUCAAGAAAACGGGCAAGGCUUUGGUGGUCGACCCAGCACGAGAUGACACAAUGGUCGAGGACCUACUCAAAUUCAAGAAGGGUGUGGACGAGGUUGUCAGCAAAUGCUUCCAGAAUUCGGAACUGUUCCUCAACGUCCUCAAGGAAUGCUUCGAAUCCUUUAUCAAUACUCGACAAAAUAAGCCUGCGGAACUGGUGGCCAAGUAUCUGGACCUAAGACUGCGCAGUGGCAACAAGGAAUUAUCGGACGAGGAAAUGGAAUCAACGCUGGAGAGGGUUUUGAUCUUGUUCCGAUAUAUUCAGGGCAAGGAUGUCUUCGAGGCGUUUUACAAACGCGAUCUUGCCAAAAGAUUGCUACUCAAUAAGAGUGCUUCUUUUGAUGCUGAGAAGAGCAUGCUGAGCAAGCUGAAAGCAGAAUGUGGGUCUGGAUUUACCACCAAAUUGGAGGGCAUGUUCAAGGAUAUGGACACUUCAAAGGACAUCAUGAUCAAUUUUAGGGCGAGCAAAAUGCACAACAAGAUCGGUUCUUUGGAUCUCACUGUGAACGUUUUGACACAAGGAAACUGGCCAACCUAUCCACCAGCUGAAGCCAACAUUCCGGACCAGAUAUCACGAUGCCAGGAAGUGUUCAAAGAGUUUUAUUUAUCUAAGCAUAAGGGCAGACGACUGAUGUGGCAGAACUCACUGGGACACAGUGUUGUCAAGGCAUACUUCACAUCGCAGGGCACCAAAGAGCUGCAGCUUAGUUUGUUCCAAGCCAUCAUUUUGCUAUUGUUCAACGAUGUGGGCGACUCUGCACUGUCAUACAAGGACAUCGGGCAGCUAUCUAACAUUGAAACCAAGGAACUGAGUCGAACGCUGCAGUCACUGGCCUGUGGAAAGUAUCGCGUCCUUGUAAAGCAUCCAAAGUCCAAGGACGUCUCGGAGACGGAUGAGUUCACGUUCAACAAAGACUUUACUGCCUCACUGACAAGGAUAAAGAUCAACGCGAUCCAGCUCAAGGAGACACAGGAGGAGAACGCGUCGACGAAUGAACGCAUCUUCCAGGACAGACAGUUCCAGGUUGAUGCAGCGAUCGUCAGGAUCAUGAAGACACGAAAGCAGCUAUCGCACACAUUGCUCAUCAGCGAGUUGUUCGACCAAUUGAAGUUUGCCAUUAAGCCUUCGGAUUUGAAGAAGCGGAUCGAAAGUCUUAUCGAUCGCGACUACCUGGAGCGCGAUAAGAAUGAUCAGAGUCUUUAUAAAUAUGUGGCAUAA